CUGUGACGCCAUGGAAGCAAGAUCUGUGAAACAGAGGAAGAGAGCAAAUGGGUUUCAUGAACAGAUCGAAGUGGAUAGAAUCAGUCAUCUUCCCGACUCUCUUCUUCACCACAUCCUUCUCUUUCUUCCUGUCAAAACCAUUGCCCGAACCAGUGUUCUGUCAAAGAGAUGGCGAUCUCUGUGGCUCUCCUUGCCCGAUCUCGACUUCACCUCCAUUAAUUCCCUCCAUCCUUGCUCCCAUGAUCUCAGACCCACCUCCAGAUCUUCGUUUUCUUCCAGCUCGAUCCACCAGGUGCUUGCCCUUCGUCACAGAGAUUCCGGUCUCAGAGCCCUUCGCUUACGGACUUCCAUCACGUUUUCCCAGUUGAAUGCAUUGAUCCGCUUAGCCAUCACCCACCACAUUCAAGAGCUUGAUGUCGAAGUUGCCACUAACGAUUACUUCAAUUUCCCUCGUCGGGUUAUCACCAGCCAGUGCCUUAGGGUUUUGAAGCUUAAAUCAUCGUAUCCCGGGUUUAGGCUGCCUCCUUCGUCAGCCAUCCUUGGAGGUUUUCAUAAGCUUAAGACCCUUUUUCUGUCGCUAGUGAUUCUUUACAACCAGCCUUUUCUCUUGGACUUUUUCACCGAUCCAAGCUUUCCUCUUCUCGAGAAACUGAAUCUCGAAUAUUGCUUCGGACUCAAGCAACUUAAGGUUAGCUGCAGCCAGCUCCAGGAAUUGACAUUAGAGAACUGUUUUCAGCUUGAUGGCUUGGAGGUUUCUGGUAAUAAACUCAAGAGACUGAAAGUGGGCAGUUGUUUCGACGCAUAUACUGAGGAGAGCUGGGCGAAGAUCAAUGCACCAAACCUGAGAAGUUUCCUCUGGGAAUCAAAUGCAGUCACUGCCGUGAACUUUUCAGACAACUCGGUUUUCUUGCAAGAAGCAUCGGUUGUAGUGUUUAUGCUUCAUCAAGAUGUUAAGUUUUCUCAGAUCCACAGCUUGUUGGCUCUCUUGUCAGGACUCUCUCACACCAAAAGUCUUGAGCUUGGAAACCAAUGCAUAGAGAUUUUAUCGAGCAAAAAGAUUUCCACUCAUCUUCAACCAUUUCAGAACAUGAGAUCAUUGGAGCUGCGAACAUGUUUCAACAGACACAAUGUUCAUGCACUGGCAUCUCUGUUCAAGAGCUGUCUGAAGCUAAAGACCCUUCUUCUCAACAUUAUCAAUGAACCGAGGAGUGAAAGGAGGCAAUGGAAUAAGGACUUGUGGAACACGUCAACCUCGGAGGUCGAACAGUACUGGGAAUCUCAGACGGAAGACUUGAACCCGUUCUUACAAAACAUCAAAGUGGUAGAGAUUGAUGGAUUCUUGGAAUGCGAGAACGAAGUGAGCCUUGCCAUGUUUCUUCUCAAACAUGGAAAGGCUUUGAAACGGAUGACUCUCCGGUCCGGAUGCCUCUGUAGAGAUUCUCUCCGGAGACAGAUGAUUAGAUCACAGAUGAUGGGUUUUUCCAGGGCUUCUUCCUCAGCCAAAAUCUCUUUCCAUUGAAGUUGCAGCAAAAUCUCUCCCCUCUCUC